ACAUAACACCAAGAAUUCUGAAAUCUCUCCACACCCUACCUACCCGCCCUCUCAACUUAGACGAUAUGGAGGGCUUAAUUCCACUAGUAUACAGAGCUAUAAUGCAGUACAAGAAUGGCCAACAAGCGAUGAUGGGUUCAUGGAUGAAUGAAUCACCUUCUGCUUCCUACAUGAGAUUGCCAGGUGAUUCGGGCCGCUUCCAAAUGCCUGAUAUUCAGCUUUUCAGACCAGACUGUGCCUUCCCCGCCUCCGCGUCAUCACCUUCUUCCUCUGCCACCAAAAGAAUGCUCUCCGCCGCUGUUCAAUCACCUGGCUGUCAUCUGACUCCCCGCCGUGCCGUCAAGUGAAUAUCUAUAAACAAAAAUAUGGUGCUCACUAUAUUACUUUGCCCCAGGAAAAUCCAGGGCAUGUAAAAGUAGUCGGGCAUGGUGGGUUGAGGUGAUUCACAUAACUAGAUUAAUUGCGUGUGAAAGAUCUUUGCUAUUUGUUUCCUUUCUUUUUUCAUGAUUCUCUGGUUCUUGGGCGUAUUGUGUGGAUAACCCCAAAGGACCACACAUUCGUGUUGUUGUAACGUUAAUGGGUGAAAUCUGGAAGUGUACAGACUGGUUAUGCUUCUGUGUAAUAUAAAUGAAAUUUGUACUUUGCUAUAAUAUCCUUCGGCUAAAGGGCCAAGCUGUUGAACUAA